GAAAAUUUUAAGAUGGCGGCUGGCGAGGCGGUAGAACUUAGUCAACUUCCAAUACCUCACUUGGAGACUCUCAGGUCUCAACUUGAAGAAGAAGUAAAAUUGCUGGGAGAUUCCAUGAGCAAAUUAAAAGUCGCCCAACAGAGAUUCGGAGAUUCGAAAGAAAAUGUCAAGAAACUUAUUAACAAGGAGUCAGGAAAACCUAUUCUGGUACCACUGACAAGUUCUAUGUAUGUCCCUGGGACUCUUGAAAACACAACAUCUGUUUUAGUAAACAUUGGAACUGGUUAUUUUGUAGAAAAGGGACUAAAGGAAGCCGAGGAAUAUUUUGGAAGAAAAGUGGAUCUGGUGACUAAACAGCUGGAACUACUGCAACCUAAAUUAAUAGAAAAACAUAAGUUAAGACAAGCUGUUCAGGAUAUGCUUAGUGCAAAAGUCCAAGCUCAAGUCCAAGCACAGUUAGGUGGCAUUCCAGCAAAGUCUUAGAUGUUUUCAUCAACCAAACUUAUCAUUCUCAAAACUUUGAAAAAUGCCAAGGAUAGAUGUGAGCUGAAAUACCAGUACCUUGAAAUUAAGGAGUGCAAUGCAACUCUUUCUCUCGGGGUUCUGAUAGGAUUGUUUAAUUAAUAUUGUGCCCCUUUCUAAUGUGCUCAUUUAAUAUAUAUGACAUAAACUUUGUAAGUUUUGGUUUGAUACUUUCUUUUGUGUUAAUAAUUUACUUAAGACAUUUUUUUAACUUUUGAACUUCCAAUAUGUGAUUUGUAAUUCUCCCUUCAAGUUGUUAGACAUUUUCUUGUUGAUUAGUGAUGAGAAUUCAGUGUUAUGUCUGAUUCAAGAAAAUGUCCUGAUCAAGCUGAUAAGUUUAUCAAUUCUUGCAACCCAUUUACUUCACACUGUCAUGAUAUAGUAGGGAGAAGUGAACUUGUUAAUCACUUCUUGUAAUUUAAGGAUUAAAUAGCUAUUGUUAGAGGUUUUUUUUAAAUAAGUGAUCAUUUAUGAAUCAUGCAGUUAUUUCAUAAGCUGUCGGUUUGUGCUCUGAUCAUCCCAGCAUCAGAAGCAGGAAUCUUGACAGAGCAUGGAUUGAGAUAUAUGUACCAUGUUAUGCUGUGGAUGAAAUUCUUUGCAAAUUUAACCACUGUAAAAGAACAAGAAGAAUUGACAGGCAGUGUUUGGUAGAAUCCAGUAGGUUUUAACUUAUUCAUAUAUAAUUUGUUGCAUUUAUUACAGUUAUGUCAAUUAUGAAGUGGACUUUCCAAUAAUCAGGUUAGCAUGAUUUUUAAGUUUUUUUUUUCCAAGAUGGUAGUGAUACACCUCAGUCCAUUUUGCUUUUUUUUUGUUUCUGUGUAGUGGUUUUGCCCUAGCAUUUUAACCAGCGAGACAUAUUAAUCAAUUAGAAGUCAGACUAUCACCUCCAGAGUUUACUUGUGCAUGAAAAGUGCAGCAACUCAGUGAUUCACCAGUUCUAUGUAGAGUGUGAGCUUUAUUACAUUUAUUUAGUUAUUUAUGCAGAGUCAUAUGAAAAACUUAAAAAUUGAUUGAAAUAAAAAGAAGAAAACCAUUUGUCACAGUGAGUUC